UUUCUACAACAAUUUGUCUUAGUGUCGACAAAACAAAAAAAAUUAGGAGUGCUUAUGGACAACUCCUGUCAGAAUAUAGAAGAUUUGGACGUUUUUAUCAAGGCGAGAUACAUCAAACCACAGAUUUCCAUCGUGUUCUCAAACAUUUCUUUGAGGAAGAAAGGAGGUGUAUUAAAAAAUAUCGAGUAUUUCCAAGAACAUCCAGUGGAUGUUAUCAUUGAUUUGCAAAGAAAUAAAGAUGAACUAAACGCGUUAGGUGAUUAUCUUAAAAUACCAAUACUUUCAAUGGUACCCCAAUGGCAACCUCAAGGAAAAUACAUCAUUUCCAUGUAUCCGAGCAUUGAAACUAUAAACUGGGCAAUCGUCGAUGUUCUUCUGCGUUAUGAAAUCACAGAAAGUAUUCUACUGUUUGAUGCGAAGCGAAGUCGUCAAGCAAUGAACCUGCACACAGCAAGUCAGCGGGAGUACAUCAAAAUAGAAAUGAUGCCAGAACUAGACAUGGACAACGAGCCCGUGAUUAAAGAUGCAAUUCGCCAAGCUUGGAACACUCAAAUAAAAACCGUAGUCCUUCUUUGCGAUACCCAUGACAUAAAGAAAGUCAUGAAUGCAACAUUACAAACUAGACUCUAUGAUAAGGACAGUGAGGAUUGGAAAUGGAUAGCGAGUGACAUUGAUUUCAGAAGACCUGACUACGAACCACUUGAAGGAAUAGUCGCUUUCCGACUUUCUUUACCAGAAUGGCAAAAGAGCUUCCGACAAGAAAGACAACGAAUAUGUGCAAAAGAAUUAUACACGGAGGUAUUUUACGCCUCGAUAAAAGACGCUCUGUAUCUGAUCAAUGCUGCAAUGCAAGUUCAACAUCGCAACAUGACGUUCAUGGAAAAAAUGAAAAAAAGUAUUCUACGACCGUGUCAGAAGAACAGGGUGAGUAAAAUUACUGCUUAA